AUGGCUUUAGUACCUCUGUCCUCUACUCCUCAGUCCACUCUUCAAUAUUCCAAUCACAUUACUUCCUACUUUCAUAGUUCUUUGUUGUCGUCGCGGUUAACGCGUGUGCGCCUGAUAUUUUCUAAUUAAUUCGAAAACCGCUAACAGCAAUCCAAACUAACAAUGGGCGUUGAUGUUACAUUCCUUGCCGAAGGAGACGGUGCCACAUUCCCAAAACGAGGCCAAACCGUCACCGUUCACUACACAGGUACAUUGACUGAUGGCAAGAAAUUUGAUUCAUCGCGGGACCGUAAUAAGCCUUUCAAGUUCAAGAUUGGAAAAGGAGAAGUGAUCAAAGGUUGGGAUGAAGGAGUUGCCCAAAUGAGCAUUGGUUCUCGUGCUAAACUGACAUGUUCUCCAGAUUAUGCCUAUGGUGCUCUGGGACAUCCUGGUGUCAUUCCGCCAAAUGCUACUUUGAUUUUUGAUGUUGAACUCAUCAAAUGCGAAUAAAAAUGUACACAACCCAUGAUAUUAUUACUACUUACUUAUAUACUUAAUUAAAUAAUGCACCUUCAAGACUGACCAAUAUGUUUUUCCGAUCAAAAAAUUUCAUUGCUAAAUAACUGUCAUGAAUUAGUGUUAGAAAAAUAUUAUCUUAACAAAUUUACUAUAGUUGCUGAAUUGCCAAAAUUAUCUAUAAGUGAUUUCUAAUUAUCAAUAUGAAUAAUCUAUUACUUAAUAGAAUUUUAUUGUAAUGCGAUAAUUAUGUAUCUUUUUUUCUUUUUAA